AUGAAGAAUGGACAGCCACGUUUCUGCGGGAAUCGUUUCCAGGUAGAGUCGCCGAAGGGUUGUAGCGACCACCACUUCGGUGCGUACGAGGACAACCGAUUCUUCCAGCAAGCCAAGAAGGGGCGCCCAUACGAGCUUCCAGUCUUCCCUCACGAGCAGCCGGGCUGGGAAAUGGAACUUUCCAACCUCUACAACUUGGGCGAGAUCAUUGUGUGUAUGUCCACGAUUGAGGGCCAGUUGUGCUUCACCGCUGUUCCAAAAUCGCCGUCCCCUGGAAAGCGAAUCAAACCCGAAGUCCUUGCAGUGAUACCGAACAAGCAGCUGCGACUUACUCAGACAAAAGCCCAGGGCGGGUUGACAGAGAGCAAAGAGGAGGAGGAGGAGAACUCAAGGGUCAAAGUCACGAAGGCUCUGGUUGCAGCCAAGGCUGAUCCCGAGACCUUCAACGGCCAGCUUUCAUACGCGACUUUCAACGAGGCCAAGUUGUACGCGAAACGCAGGGAGGUUUGGGCGCGGAAGGACGCGAAGACGCCCAAGACACCAGGAAGCAGCGAGUCACCGGUGGCGAUAGCGGAAAGUACCGAGACCCGAGCACAGAAGCAACCUCAUGCGAAAGAGAUCAUGAGGAAGCGCCGUAGAGUUUGA